AUGGAAACUGAACGUGGAGGUUGGACCCUAGUUGCCACAAAGGUCUCCCCAGGCUUCCGCUUCAUCAAAACUGUUUUCUCGGCAGUGGCCACUGCAACUAAGAACGCAGAUGCCGCGAGUCACAUACACCCAAGUAUGGAGAACUGGAAAGAGGUUAUGUUCCGCUUUGCUGACGUUGAUACCAUCCGAGUCAUUUACAACAGAAAAGCGGGCGCGCCAAACAAAGACAAGGAGGAAUUCGACAAGUUCUUGAUGGGGAAGUCUGUUACUUUGGUAAAGAAAGUGACUGGAUUUUACAAGUACAGUCCAGCAGAUAACGAAAGAAAUCCUAGCGUGGGUUUUGCUGCCAUAUCCUAUUUCCACUUCUGGUCAAACACUGGGAUCUCAGAACAUCACGGUGGCACGGAUAAGUGGCUUGACAUGUGGAAUACUGGAGAGGACUCAAACAACUACAUCUACAGCGAUGACAGCAGGGCGCGGGGCACCAAAUGUAUCGCCGGCUACUGUUAUCUGAACAAGCCAAUCUGGGUGAUGGUGAUGGUUUGAAAUUCGAAGUAAUCGUCGAGGAUCCGUUGUGGUGGGGCUAACAUUGGUAGCAAACUCGUCUUGACACAAAAUGCUCAUUGUCCAACAACCUUAUCUGAUCGUCUAUAUAGGAGUUGUCUCCAUGGCAGUAAACAAAACCUUUGAAAAAGUGGGAGUUUUAUAAGUCCAAUUCCCUUGAUCAUAACUCCAUUGAUAUGAUAACUAGCACUUCUUUACUUGUUUAAAAGUUGGGCCAGGUUAACAUGCUCAGAAUGGCUUUUUUGACAAUAAUGAGUUUUCCAAUAAGAAUGAACGCUUGGAGAAAGCGGCAUGAGUUCUUAAUUAAGGGGAAUGGAAAAAUAAAUGCUUCUUAGUAAAGUUUAAAUUGUUUACCCUUGAUGGCAUGGAGGCGUUUCAUGAAGUUCAAACUAAUGACACCUCUUGGCUCCUCUUCAAUAACAGCUUUGCAAGUCGCUGAUUAAACUAUAGUAUUUUAAAUAACGCAAUUCAGUGAAAGCAUGAGGGUUAGCUUUCAGAGUUACACAGUAAGUAAUCAGAUAGGGGUCAGUGGAUGGCUAGGAUGAUGAUUUCUUUGUCCGCUCGGAUAAAUCAGGAUUAUUUCGAACAUCUUUGUACUGUGAAGGCGGACGGUUUUCUUGAGCUUAUUGUCAAUCUGACAAGAUAUUACACGCUAGGUAACUGCAGUGCUGAGUAGAGCGUAGUAACCAGUUGGCUCAGUGGGAUUGUUCCACUGGAAUGUUUUCCACGACAGUUCAUAGAAAUUGAUCUGAUAUAAUCGUUAUCCCAACUUAAACUUGUAAAAUUUAGGUCUAUACAAACUUACUCGCUUAAGGUUUCGUAAAUUAUGUUGUUUUGAUCACGUGAUAAGUCACGUGACAGACAUUACACGCACAGAAAAAAAUGACCCUGUUUUUUUACAUAUUCACAGAAAAUUUCUCCUUUCGAGGCACUUUUAUUCUCUUAAGCAACUCAGCAAAAAAUAUUGCAGACAAUCUCAUUUCUUUCUGAAUACAUUUUUGAGCUAGCCGUCAUUUUUUUCAUAUUUUUUCUUCCAAAAAAUGCCACGACUGCAAAGAAAAGAUUACCGAUAAUGAUCGCAAUAUAAUGUCGUAUAGGGAAGGUAGUCGCUUAUAAGAUAUGGUGAUUAGCAGAUAGAUAGGAAGAGUUCAAAGCAAAUUAAACACAAGUUGGGAAAGACUGAUGCAAAAUAAAAUACAAAUCUUUUUCCUACUCUUUCGUCCUCACAUCAGCGUAUUUUUAGCUUUUCGCUGGUUUCCCUUGCGCUGUGUAGUGUUUAGUGAGAUUUUUACGAGUACUUGUACCACAAACAUUCGCGUUAUACGCCCAAGGUGUACACAACUUCGUGAGGUUUUUAGGAGGGCUUAUAAAUGGGGGAACUUAUAUUCGGAAGGGCUUAUAGACAGAAUGAAAAAAGCAUUUCAAAACAAACUACAUAGCAGUGCUGAUCAAAAUCAGCCCAGGCUAUUUGAAUUUGCUCGCUUUUGUAAGCUUCAAAACGUCGUAAAAUAAAUUUCAUUUCAAUACAAGCAAUAAAAGGGCUUAUAUCCUGGGGCUUGUAACCGGAUGUAUUUUCUUGUCUACAGGUAGAUUGGCCUAUAACCAAGGGCAGGGGGGGGGAGGUGGGGAGGGCUGGGGGCUUCUAAGCAUAUUCUUACGGUAUUUCCAACUACUCUUCUUUUGAUGCUGAUCAAGGAAAGCUCAGUGUUCUUCUUUAACUGCGCCUUAUAAAAGUCUCCGUAAAAAUUGAAUUGUGUAUAACAGUACUUUAAGGGUUAAGGGUUUGCUACACUUUUUAUUCCUCAUUUUAUAUUGCUGAUUUGUAUUCCGGUAUGAUCAAAGGUUUUCGGUCUGCAGGGGCAGUCAAGUAUGACAGUGAAUUAAAUCUGCAUUGAAAAUAGCAUACGUAAUGUGAAAAUUAAAAUUUCGAUGGUCUCGCCGCUUUUUCUUGUUUAGAAAAAAAAACAACACAUUUUCCCAUCCAUUUUAAACUCGCCAUUUUCUACUGAAAACCAAAGGAGAGUGAACUAAAAAUGCUUCGCUUGGUUAUUCCGUUGUUUCUUGUUCUCAUCUUGCGUUCCUUCGCAAGCCAGAAAAAAUCUUCAAGCAAUGCAAGUUUGGCUUUUUACUUUUAUUCCUUUAUGCAUGAAUUAAUCUGGUAUAAUUUAAAAAGGAAGAAAGAAGAUACACUAUGACUAUGCCACUUCAAUCACUAAAAUUCACUGACUCACUGACUAAUACCCCACGGUUUUCUUCUUCAGGGAACAGAGAAAAACCACUGUUGUAACUCGUGUCGCGACGGUAAGCUGAAGACAUUAAGUGAAUCCUGAUUUUUUUUUCUGUACAUGUUAUUCUGAUAUUUUUCAUUUUUUGCUAGGAAGGGACGGAAGAGAUGGUCAGAACGGUAAGAUAACACAUCGCACAUUUCAAUAUAACUAUGUUUUCAUUAACUGACACAAUGUUGACGAUUCACGACCCAGACUCACACCUUCUGCCCAUCAUCAGAAUAGUAGAUUGCUAGCAGGAAAUACUGCUAUAGCAACUUAAAUUAGCCACAUAGUUAUUGUUCCAUAUUACAACUGGGCGAGUUCAUCUGAAAAAAAUAUGAGAAGUUCUAACUGUCGAAAGUCCAAAAGCGAACCUUGUUGAAAAUAAGAUAACGUAGAGCGAGAUGGUGUAGAACAAUAAAGGAAGUAUUAAACAGGAGAUCAAUAUCACUGACGUGGCAUUCAAAAUUGUUGUCUUCCGCUUUCUUUGCGUGCGUUUUCUCUUCCUCUUUAUCCUCUUUUUUACUCAUCAGGCUUAAAUUAUUUUAUUUUUUCACACCCAAGGAAAGGAUGGCCGUGAUGGAAGAGACGGGAUCAACAGAAACGGAAUGAAGGUAAAAAUAUUAAAAAGGAAUAAAGUUUUUUCUGCCAUGUCAAAUCGAUGGUAAAUUAUUUCUUGGAUCAAAGAUGAAUAAGCCAGAACACGGGACUAAAGGCUAAGAUUAUUCAAGUUCUCUGUAAUCCGAGAUGUGAGCUGCCUAAGAAACAUUCUCUAAAAAACCCCGCUUGUUUAACUCCAGAGUCUAUUAUCUGUAGUAAAAGGGAGGGACACAGUACCACCUUACAAAAAAUGACCUUAGUCUGCUCUAAUAAUUAGUUACAUAAGAAGAAGAAUCCCGUUUAAAAUCUGACGAAAUCUCAGCGGUAAGGGCCAGUCGUAAGUAAAAGGAUUACAGAGUAGGAGAUCUGAGCCUUCAAGUUUCCUCAACCCUAGAUUGGUUUUAAGAAUAGUUAAGGACUUGUUUGUUUUUCAGGGUCAAAAAGGAGAACGUUGCUCACCAGGCAACAACGCAGGAGGUGUAAUUAAGUUAAGCGAUACCGCUGAGAAAUGUACCUCAAGCAUCGCCGGCACUGUUAGCUACAGUACUUCCCAGAAAUCCUUGCAACUCUGUGAUGGAAGCCAUUGGCUGCCAGUGUUGGCUGUUAGAAAAGGUUACACAGCGGAUAGACCAGGCCGCCAUUGUUUGGAGAUCUUAAAUUCUGGUAAGCUUAAACUGUGAUAAAUAAGUAGAACCCAUAAGAGACUGAGGAGAGUAAUAAUAUUUGUAGAGAAUGCUGGGAAGUAGCCGGCCAGCAAUGCGGGCGUACAUAUUGGGGGAGAGUGAAAGUCUCUUUUUAAAAGAUGUAAUGUCGCGGCCGCCAUCUUUGAUCUUAUUAUAGAGGACGAUUGCGGAGAGUAGCAAGAAAAACCCUUGUGGUAGACGUAAGGGUGAAAGAAAAAGAAAGCAUGGACCUGUGUGUCGGGGAAAGACUGUCGUCCAAAGGCUUUUUUCGUAAAUAAGCCUACCAAAGUUCAUCUUAUUAAUUAUAAUUAUAUAAACAAUAAGUAAAAUAAUAUUUAUUGUUCAAUUUAUUUAUGAUCAGGCCAAAGUCAUGGCAGCGGCCUUUACUGGAUUGAUCCAAACGGUGGCUCGACAAAAGACUCGUUCCAAGCCUUUUGCGACAUGGAAACUGAGCUUGGAGGUUGGACCCUGGUUGCCACCAAAGCAUCCCCAGGCUUCCUCUUCAUCAAAACUGUUUUCUCAGCAGUGGCUGCUGCAACUAAGAACAGAGAUGCCGCGAGUCACAUACAUCCAAGCAUGGGGAACUGGAAAGAGGUUAUGUUCCGCUUUGCUGACAAUGAUACCAUCCGACUUGUUUACAACAGAAAAGCGGGCGCACCAAACAAAGACAAGGAGGAAUUCGACAAGUUCUUGAUGGGAAAGUAUAUUAAUGUGGGGAAAAGGGUGAAUGGAUUUUAUAAGUACAGUCCAGCAGAAAACAAAAGAAAUCCCAGCGUGGGGUUUGCCACCAUAUCCCCCAUAUCCUAUUUGUACUUCCAGGUACACGCUGGGAUCUCAGAAGCUCAAAGUGGCACGGAUAAAUGGCUUGACAUGUGGAAUACUAAUGAUAGCUCAAACAACUACAUCUACAGCGAUGACAGCAGGGCGCGGGGCACCAAAUGUAUCGCGGGCUACUGUUAUCUGAACAAGCCAAUCUGGGUGAUGGUGCGCUAG